ACCACAUGUCUGGUUUCAUUUAUUUAUUGAUUUAUUUAUAUGUUUAUUUAUUUUUAAAAAGGGGUUCAUUCCCUUGGUUUGCGGUGGGUGAUUGGAUUUGAUUGAUUAGCUUUCUUGCAUUUUUUGGCGAUGGCGUCCUUGGUAUCUACGGGGAGUGCCUGCGCGGUGAGCAGCGUGAAGGCCGCUGCCUCGCUUGGUCGGCUUUCCCGCCUCCAGAAUGGCUCCUCGUCCUCUUCGUCUUCGCCUUCCUCUUCCUCUUCGUCUUCGUCGUCGCCGAUCAAAAUGAUGGCAGGAGGUAAACUGACCGGGAGGUCAGCGGUUCGGAGAGCGGGAUUCGCCGCUGUGAGGGCGCAAGCUGCAGAGUCGAACAUCUCGACAGCACCCCAAUCGCCUAUCAACCCUGGAAUUCGCAAGGAGGAGCCUAAGCUACAUCACAUCAGCGAGGACAAGAAACACACGUACUUAUACUCCCGGUUGGGGGGCGAGUGCCAAGCAUGGUUGGACAAUCUCUUGUCCAAGUACGGGGUGGUAGCUGCCGACUUGUACACCAAGAUCAGUUGGGAUAAUCUAAAGGCGGUGUGGCAUAAGCGGUUCCAAGUAGAGCCGCCGAAGAUAAAGGCAAUGGACAAAUUGUUGACCUUCGAACAAGGCACGAUGCCGAGUGUUGACAGGAUUGCCGAGUACCAAUGCUUGACAUCUGUCCCAGACAUUCAGAUGGGCUUCAAGGUCGUCAAACACUACUUCAUCAUGAGGUCGUGUCCGACGUUGGGCAAUGCCUUGACUCACGUCGAGGACACCCUGACGACAACGGCGGAGCUUUUUGACAAGGCCGCACAAAUCAUUGUCACGAACAAGGAGGCCAAGAACGUCAACCGUUCGUCUGCGAAAGGCCCGAGCAGAGAUCAGCAUCGACCGAAAGUGGCCGUGGUCACGGCGGCAACGCCAACCGGCCCUUCUAGCGAGGCCGUGUCUGCCAAUGAAAGGGACAGACUCGCGCAGCCGCCUGGGAUGGUGGCCGCCCUGGCAAAGGCCGAGAACGCGGCAAGACGAAGGCAAACACCGCAUUUAUCCGCGGGUCCGGCGCAACAGCUCCAACCCCAUGGUCCCACUACGGUCGCUCCGAACAUGCGUACAAGCUACGCACGAGAUUCCAAUGUUGUCUGUGGUGCAAGAACACGGGACUUCGAUAUCAUUUUGGGAAUGCCUGGGCUUGCAAGUGUCGAUCACACGGUCAACUUCCACCGGCGGACUCUUACCGUUCGGGACGCCUUCAGCGUCGAAGUGUCGUGUACUAUUCCUCUUCCGCACCCUUCGAUCCGAUGCCAAGUGGUGACGGCCAAGUCGUUUUGGGCUACUUGCGCUUAUGAGCAGCCGGACGAGAUAGGCCUAUGCUUUCUAUGGACCGUUGCAGUAGCUGAUUCUUCCCCCACGAACUUGUCUUCGGACCCUCGUGUGGUGCGGUUGCUUGACGAGUUCACCGACAUCUUCGAGUCACCUACCGGUGUGGUGCCGGAUCGGCCGAUCUCUCAUGAGAUCACUCUUGAGGCCGGUGCUGUGCCGCCGAAAGGCUGCAUUUACCGCAUGAGCGAGGAGGAGCUUACGGUCCUCCGCACGCAACUCGAUGACUUGUUGGACAAAGGUUGGAUCCGCCCUAGUAGCUCCCCAUAUGGAGUGCCAGUUCUCUUCGUACGAAAGAAGAACAAAGAUCUACGAUUGUGCAUCGACUACCGCAAACUCAACGUGCAAACCGUCAAGAAUGCGGGGCCUCUUCCCCGUAUUGACGAUCUCCUUGAGCGAUUGGGUGGUGUGAAGUACUUUUCUAAGUUGGAUUUGAAGUCGGGAUAUCAUCAGAUUUCGAUCCGAUCGAACGAUCACUAUAAAUCCGCGUUCAAGACGCGGUAUGGACAUUUUGAGUGGGUGGUCAUGCCUUGCGGCCUCACCAAUGCCCCGACGACCUUUCAAGCGGCAAUGACCAACGAGUUUCGUGCGAUGUUGGACCGGUUCGUGCUGGUUUACUUAGACAACAUUCUCGUCCAUAAUGCCUCCGGCUAUGGCAUUGGUGUCGUCCUCGAACAACACGAUAGCGUGGACGAGCACCCGGUCGAGUACUUCAGUAAGAAAGUGCCUGUCAUGCACUCCAUUGAUGAUGCACGCAAGAAGGAGCUCCUAGCCUUUGUCCACACGCUCAAGCGGUGGCGGCACUUCCUCCUUGGUCGAAGUCAAUUCCGAUGGGUAAUGAACAACAAUCCGUUGGUCUUCUACAAGACCCAAGACACCGUCAAUAGCACCAUCGACCAAUUCGACUUCUUUCCCGAUCACAUUCCGGGGAAGUCUAACCGUUUUGCGGAUGCUCUUUCACGGCGUCCGGAUCAUUGUACCGCAGUUUAUUCGACCUUCGAGAUCGACGACAAUCUGUGGGACAGUUUCACCCGCGGCUACCAAGUCGACCCCGAGUUUCGCGACAAGUACGCGAAUUGCUCCUCUCCUAAUCUGGCACCUUGUCACUACCGGAUCCAAGAGGGGUACUUGCUUGUCCACACGCGGGGGAAGGACCUUCUUUGCGUACCGAGUGACUCUCACUUGCGUACACGGCUUCUUGGCGAGUUCCACGAUGCUCCCGCCACCGGACACUUCGGAGUCAAUCGAACGAUUCGUCGACUUUGCGAGCGCUUUUGGUGGCCCGGCCUUCUCGGCGACGUCACACGCUAUUGCGAGUCAUGCGAAGUUUGCCGACGUUGCAAAUCCCGCAACCAUCGUCCGUAUGGCGAGUUGCGACCAUUACCGAUCCCCUUGCGCUGGAGGGAAGCGAUUGCCAUGAACAUUACCGGACCGUUCCCCAAGCACAAGACCGGUGUGGAUGGGAUUCUCACGGUGGUCGACCGACUCACCAAGUUUGUCAUGUUUUUGCCUUGCCGCUAUCAUGCCAAGGCACCAGAGUUGGCCAAGGUUCUUUACGCCAGUUGGAUUCGAACCAAGGGUUACCCCAAGGAAAUCCUCUGCAACCGCGACACUCGGUUCAUGUCGGAUUUUUGGUUGGCGCUCAUCAAACGAUGGGGCUCAUCUCUCAAACCAAGUUUGGCUCGCCACCCCCAAACCGAUGGCCAAACGGAGAGGGCGCAUCAGACGGCACAGAUUUUCCUUCGCACUCUCAUCCGUCCCGACCAAAAGGAUUGGGUUGAGCGGCUGCCGGAUGUCGAGUUGGCAUACAACUCGUCCAUCCACCCAACUAUCGGGAUGUCGCCUUUCAAGUACGAGCAUGGCUCGCCGGUCACUUCUCCGUUGGACACCAUCAUUCUACGAGCGGCCGAUAGCGACGACCAUCCUCUCUUCUUGCGUCAGAUGCAAGAGCUACUUGUCAAGGCACGUGACCAGAUGGCUAAGACGCAGCAACGCAUGAGCCAACAUGCCAAUCGCCAGCUUUGCCUCAUUAGACCGCCCUUUGGACAGGUACCAGUGUUGGAACAUGGACAAGAUUUCACUCUUUUCGAGUCAAGAGCGAUCUUGCGAUAUAUUUUGAGCAGUGUUGGUGAAAAAGGCAAAACCCUUCUCGGUACAACUCUCAGGGAGCAAGCCAAAGUGGAUCAGUGGCUGCAGGUGGAGGCAACUUCAUAUGAUCGUACAUGCGGCACCAUCUUAUAUGAGAAGCAUAUCAAUCCUAACUUUUUCAAAAAGCCCACAGAUUUUGCGAGGUUGGAGGAAGAGAAGUCUAAGUUGUCAGCAUUAUUGGAUGUCUAUGAAAAGGUUCUCGUGAAGCAAGAAUACCUGGCCGGGAACUGUUUCACGGUUGCAGACCUUUCACACAUUCCACACACACAAGCGAUGUUUGCGAUUGGUUUUGAGGAUGUCUACAACAGUCGCCCUCACCUGCGGGAAUGGUGGGCACGUGUCUCACAACGGGAGGCAUGCCAGAAGGUGUCAUCAUUUUUCGUUCCCAAAUCUCGUUCUCCGUGAGAGAAUCAUGACACAGAUUCAAAUACAACUUCAGUAUUUCGAAAAGAAUUAGGCAUAAAGAAUGUGCUAAGCACUUUGCACUUGAUAGGGGUGGAACAUCCAUCUCUAUGUCGCUAGAUCAUCAUUAGGAGGACUUGAGUUCAUUAACUAGUAGUCAGUGGGGGCUGUAAAAUUGAACCCCUUUGUCAAGGAAUUUCGCUUGUUCAUGUUAUUCACUAAAUUUGGUUUUGCUUUUAGCUACUUGCUACCUUUUUCAAGGCAGCGCCUGAUAUGGCCUUUCCACGAUUAAACAAUAUCAGUUUUUGGUUAUUACCACCAUCAUUAUUACUUCUUCUAAUUUCUGCUUUAGUGGAAGUAGGUGCUGGUACCGGGUGGACGGUCUACCCACCUUUAAGCUAGGUAUUAUCGAUAGGUCCUUUUCUGGCAAGCAAAAAGCUGCACACCCGAUGAAUAUAAUGCGCAAUCGACAAUUAAAUGAAAGGGUACUGCAGUG